AUGGGGAAUGAACGAUCAAAACUUGAACGAGAAAUUAAACAAAUUUAUAAAGACAUGAUGGAUGGAAGGGAUGAUAGUGAAACAGCAACUGUAGCAACUCCACCCUCACAAAAACCAAAACAAUCAGCAACAACAUCUGUUACAUCAUUUCUUCAAGCUGCUCGAAGUUCAAAUUCAAGCACGCAAAAAGCCAGAAAAUCAUGCACUAUAUCUGAACAAUUGGCAGUAUAUCGUUCAUUGGCAACAGCAGAGUUUGUUGAAAUAUGUGAUCGUGGAAAGAAGCCCGAUGUGAUGCUGUUUUGGCAAUCAAAUAUUGAUAAAAUACCAUUUCUAGCAAAAUUAGCUAAAAGGUAUUUAGCCACACCCAGCACCUCGGUUCCCUCCGAGAGUGCAUUUAGCAUGGCCGGCUAUUUGGCUCGAAAACAGCGAGCUCGGCUUACACCACAAAAUUUGUCAGAUUCGGUAUUUCUCAAGGAUAAAUUUAAUGCUGAUUCGGAAGAUUCAAGUGUUGAAAAAGUUUAG